AUGGCAAAAGUCCGUCCUGCCCCAAUUGAGUCCUUGGAGGCUUACAAGCACAUUUCCCCCGACUCGGGACAACCAACUGUGAUCCACUCCAACUACAACCCUAAGAUCAAGGCCCAUGUUCCCCAGGACUCCCUUCACGAGGAAUUUACACCUCCGAGAGAUCGGGGAUCCUACGCUGAUCCAGAGAAGAAGGCAUUGUUUGCUGUCGCCAAACCCGCUGACGUGACUGAAAGCAUUGGCACCGAGCUAAAGAAUGUUCAAUUAAGUCAAUUGGAUACGAAGCAAUUGGAUGAACUUGCUGCACUUGUCAAUGAACGCGGUGUUGUCUUCUUCCGAGACCAAGAUUUGACAACUGAGAGGCAAGUUGAGAUCUUCGAGCAUUUUGGCGUUUUGGACAUUCAUCCCACGCAAAAGGACACGAAACAUUUUAUUGUCGGAGGAAAUAAUGCAGAUUGGCGAACCCUUUUGAAAUAUACUCCGUGGCCAAUGUCAGAAUUUCAUUCUGAUACGAGCUUUGAGAUCAACCCCCCUAGCUAUUCCCUUCUUCGCAUGGAGGAGCACCCCGAGGUUGGUGGAGACACAGCCUGGGUAUCUGGGUAUGGACUUUAUGAUGAGCUUAGCCCCCAUAUGCAAAAGCUGUUAGAAGGGUUGCAUGCUGUGCAUACCUCGCGUUUGCAAUACGAUACCACCAUUGACUACUUCGGCGACAAACCUCGUCGCCCGCCGAUUGACACACAUCAUCCUGCGAUUCGCACACACCCUGUCACUGGCCUGAAAUCUCUCAACGUCAAUCUGGCUUACUGCACUGGUUUUGCCGAGCUGAAGAAGGCCGAGUCAGAUGCUCUCCUACAAUUCCUGAACCUGCUUAUUCACAGUUCGGAUGACCACUAUGUCAGAUGGAAGUGGGAAGCGGGGAGUAUUGCUUUAUGGGAUAACAGAACAUGUCUUCAUCGGAUCAUACCAGGAAACUACCAUACGGGUACAAGGAGAGGUAUCAGGACUACUGUCUUCGGGGAGAAACCGUUCUAUGACCCAAAGAGUGAAGGCCGCCAACAGAGAGAAGAGCAGCUCCUUGCUAAGAGCAAUGAGUGA